GCCCGGCUGCCGGCCCCGCCCCGGUCCCGCCCCGUGCCCUUCCUCGCGCAUCUCAUCGCCCCGCCUUCGGCCGCUUGAUUCUCGCCCAGCUCCGCCUUUCCUAGGCCCUCCUCCGCUUCGCAAGAUGGCGGAGGUGCCGCUGGGCCUGGAGCCGUGGAACCGCGUGAGGAUCCCUAAGGCCGGGAGCCGCAGCGCAGUGACAGUGAAGAACGGCGGAGCGGCCCUGGACCUUUGCAUUGCAGCUGUAAUUAAAGAAUGCCACCUGCUCACACUGUUGCUGAAGAGCCAAACCUUAGAUGCAGAAGCAGAUGUGUUAUGUGCAGUCCUCUACAGCAAUCACAACAGAAUGGGCCACCACAAACCCCAUUUGGCCCUCAAACAGGUUGAACAAUGUUUAAAACGCUUGAAAAACAUGAAUUUGGAGGAUUCAAUUCAAGACCUGUCUGAGUUAUUUUCUUCUAAUGAAAAUCAGCCUGUAACUACCAAAGCAUGUGUCAUCCCCAGCCAGCCAGUGGUGGAGUUUGUAUUGAUGAAGGUUUUGGGAGCCUGCAAGUUGUUACUCCGCUUGUUGGACUGCUGCUGCAAGGCUUUUCUCUUGACUGUGAAACAUCUAGGUUUGCAGGAGUUCAUUAUUUUAAACCUUGUGAUGAUUGGGCUGGUGAGCAGGUUAUGGGUUCUCUAUAAAGCUGUUUUAAAAAGGUUGAUUUCUUUAUAUGAGCCAUUGUUUGGAUUGCUUCAAGAGGUCUCUAGGAUUCAACCAAUGCCAUACUUCAAAGAUUUUACCUUCCCUUCUGAUAUUGCUGAAUUUCUAGGACAGCCCUAUUUUGAACUCUUUAAGGAAAAAAUACCUACAGCUUUUGCAGCUAAAGGAGUGACUAAAUUGUUAAAUAAAUUAUUUUUAACAAAUGAGCAAUCACCAAGGUUCAGUGAAGAAACCUUACUUGGAAUUUCCAAAAAAGCUAAACAAAUGAAGAUCAAUGUACAGAAUAAUACAGAUCUUGGACAGCCCAUAAAGCGUAAGAAAGUCUUCAAAGAGAGAUCAUCAGAAUUUGAUGUGAAGACCUUCUGCAAACAGCUGAAACACAAAGUUACUCAGGAGACCAGUUUUGAGUUUAAAUGUUCUCAGUCCAAACUAAAGACAACCAGACAUUCUUCUCAGAAAGUGAUAGGAACUCCUCGUGUCAAAAGUUUUGUGCAAAGAUUCCGAGAGGCUGAGUCUUUCUUACAACUUUCUGAAGAAAUCCAAAUGGCAGUUGUUUGGUGCAAGAGCAAAAAACUGAAGGCUCAGGCCACCUUUCUUGGGAACAAACUUCUUAAAAGUAACCGGCUUAAAUAUGUGGAAGCUCAAGGUAAUAGUUUGCCAAAGAAACUAGAGUGUAUAAAGACAUCUAUUUGCAACUGCCUUCUUCGUGGCUCAGCUAUCAAAACUUCAAAGCAUCAUCUGAGACAAAGAAGAUCACAGAAUAAAUUUUUACUGAGACAGAGGAAACCACAGAGAAGGUUGCAGUCGACUCUUUUAAAGGAAAUUCAGCAGUUCCCUCAAGGGACUCAGAAGAGUGCUACAGAUACCAGUGCUAAGUGGAAGCUCUCACACAGUACAGUUCAUAGAACUGAUCUCUACCCUAAUAGUAAGCAACUCUUGAGUAGCAGAAUUUCAAGACCUAUCACAGAAACUAAGGAGAAACAGAUUCAUGAAAAUCUUACAGGACGCAAUAAAGAUGAAGCUGAUUCAUGGACGCUGAUGCAAGUGAACAAACACAACAACACAUCAGGAACCAUUAAGGAGACAGAUGACAUUGAUGAUAUUUUUGCUUUAGUGGGAGUUUAGAUGUUCAUAUGUGAGACUUAGGUGAUUAAUCUAGUUCAGUGUUCUACUGUUUUAAGUGGAACCGCU